AUGGACGCCUCCUCCCUCCGCAUCUCCAAGUUCGAUGGAACUAACUUCCACGCCUGGAAGUUCAAGAUGCAGAUGGUGCUGGAGGAACGGGACCUAUGGGAGGUCGUCAGCGGUGAGAUCAAGGCGGAACAGUGCGAGACUCAGUUGGACCAAGCGACGUACAAGAGGAAGUCAAGAAAGGCGAUGGCAGUGAUCUGUCUAGCCAUGGAAGAUUCCCAGCUACCGUUGGUCCGGUCGGCAAGUGGUGCAUGCGACGCAUGGUCAAGGUUGGAAGACCACUUCGAGAAGAAGAGUCUUGCCAACAAGCUGUUCUUGCGCCGUCGCUUCUUCACGACAAUGAUGGAAGAAGGCGACGAUGUACUCGAACACAUCAACAAGCUCAAGACGCUGGCGGAACAGCUAGAAGCGGUGGGGGCUCCAGUCUGCGAGGACGAUCUGGUGAUCACACUUCUCGGCAGCCUGAGUGACUCGUAUCAAUUCUUGAUCACAGCUUUGGAGUCGCGCUCAGACACUCUUAGCUGGGAGCUCGUGACGUCUCGACUGCUUCAUGAAGAAAUGAAGCGGAGGGAGCAAGGAAGUAAAGGUGAUGAAGCUUCGCAAGGUCAAGCGUUCAUCACAAGGGACAAUCAGCGCAAAGGGCGACCAGUGAAGAAGUCCUGGCCGUGCCACAAUUGCGGAAAGAUUGGUCACUGGAUGGCGGAGUGCCCCUCGCGCAUCCAAGAAAACACGGAGAGACACCGGCCACAGCGUGCUCAAGACAGCGGCGACCGCUAUCGAUCACAACGUGCAAACGUCGCUCAAGAAGAAGACUCGGGCGACUACCUCUUUUCGAUCGGUGAAACGACAUCUGCGAAAUCGAGCGACAUCUGGAUGGUCGACUCCGGGGCGACGCAGCACAUGACGUGCUCCAAGAAGUUCAUGCGGAACUACAAGGGGUUUGACGCUGUGGAUGUCCAUCUCGCGGAUGAUGGAAUCGUCCAAGCAAUCGGCAGUGGGGACAUUGUCAUGUCGAUGAAGACACCCCAAGGGAUGAAGAAAGGUGUGCUCACAAACGUGUGGCACAUCCCAAAGUUAUCCAGAAACCUGUUCUCGGUCGGCCGCUUCACCAAGGAUGUCGGCCCAGUGACGUUCACGAAGGAUGGGUGCUAUGGAAAAGCGAAAGGGACCAAGUGGAAAAUUGGUGCCCGUGAAGGUAAAGGACUGUUCAAGCUGCAAAUGACUCCAGUGGCGCCGGAACAAGCAAAUGCAGCCAAGUCGUCGGGAUGUCAAGGGGGCACCAAGUCGUACCUCUGGCACCUUCGGCUUGGCCACAUAGGUCACGAUGGACUCAAUUGCAUCGUGACGAAGAACAUUGGAAUUGGCAUCGACAUAUCUUCGGUGAAGAAGUGGGACGUGUGUGAAGGUUGUGCUCUGGGAAAACAGACUCGAGUGCGCUUCCAAUCAAACACUACAGCUCGCACCUCCAAACUCCUCGAAGUGAUUCACAGCGACGUAUGCGGACCGAUGUCGAUGGCAACUUUCAGUGGAAAACGGUACUUCGUGACAUUCAUUGAUGACAAGUCAAGAUACUGUGUCGUCUAUCUGCUCAAGAGCAAAUCUGAAGUUGCGGCGAAGUUCAUGGAAUACGCUGCGAUGGCCGAAACGCAAACCGGAAAGCGCGUGAAGUACCUUCAAAGCGACAAUGGGGGUGAAUACAAGUCCGACAAGCUGGCACGAUUCUGCGCGGAACGGGGAAUACAACAAAGGUUCACACCCCCAUAUACUCCUCAGCUAAACGGAGUAGCUGAGAGAAUGAAUCGCACGCUGGUCGAGUGUGCGCGUUGCAUGAUGGAACACGCUGGACUGGGAAAGAGCUACUGGGGUGAAGCAGUGAUGACGGCGAUGUUUCUUCGAAACCGCUGUCCAACACGUGCCAUUCACCAAGACAAGUCUCCAUAUCAAGUGUGGACGAUGAAGAAACCGAUUCUGGCCAACCUUAAAGUGUUUGGAUGCCACGCGUAUGUUCAAGUGCCUCAAGACAAACGCGCGAAGUUCGACUCCAAGUCAUCACUCUGUCGUUUCCUGGGAUACGCCGAACACCAGAAGUCAUAUCGAUUUGAGGAAGUGUCAACAGGAGCGAUCAAGAUCAGUCGCGAUGCCACAUUCAUGGAAGACAAGUUUGAUGAAGGUCCGCGCAACUACAACGAUGAGUCAAGUGUCGUUGAGUUUGAUGAUCAUGAUGAGGACGAAGAAAAAGAAGAAGGUAAAACUGACGACGACAUGGACUCGAGCGACGAUGACAACGAAGACACCAGGUCUUCGAAGAGCAACAUCAAGAGACACACGCGCACUCAAUCACUUGAGAAAGCUACCGUCAUUCCAAGUCCCAAGCGAAGAACAUACAGAGGUCCGUCGCUUGAGCAUGUUGGGGAAACGCCGACUACAUUCAAGUCGGCGAUGGAAUCAAGCGACUCCGGCAAGUGGAAAGAAGCGUGUGACUCGGAGUUCGAUUCGCUUCAGAGAAACGACACGUGGGAAAUCGUGCCUCUUCCGAAAGGUCGCAAGGCCAUCGGGUGCCGAUGGGUUUUUCGUGUAAAGGAGAAUCAAGAUGGCGAAGUUGAACGUUUCAAGGCAAGACUUGUGGCCAAAGGAUUCUCACAGAAAUUCGGAGUUGACUAUGAAGAAACUUUCGCACCGGUGGCCAAGUUCACAUCGAUUCGUGUGGUGCUCAGUAUGGCGGCCAAGUACGGCCUAAUGCUACAUCAGAUGGACGUCAAGACAGCGUUUCUUAACGGCUCCCUCAACGAAGACAUCUACAUGGACCAGCCGGACGGAUACCUGGAUGCAACACAGCCGGACUAUGUGUGCAAGCUAAAGAGAUCACUCUACGGCUUGAAGCAAUCGCCUCGCAUGUGGAACCAAACAAUCGAUGGGUUCAUGAUCAAGAUGGGAUUCAAGAAGUGCGAAUCGGACCACUGCAUCUACAUCAAGCGAGACGACCAAGACAUGAUUCUCGUGGUGCUCUACGUCGAUGAUCUCAUCCUGGCCAGCAGCAACAACGAACUCCUCAAGUCAACCAAGAUGGCGCUGAGCAAACGCUUCGAAAUGACGGAUCUCGGUGAGCUCGAUUAUUUCUCGGCAUGGAGAUCAAGAACGACCGUAAGACGGGAAUGGUGA